AUGUCUUCGUUCAAGAGGAACCUCAACCCAACCAACCGGAAACAAACACCAUCGAGCUAUCCAGCUGGCUUCCAUCCAUCCCAUUACAAUGGCGUUCCAACCGCAUCGACCGGGAUAGCCUCCCUAGACGACCUUCUCGGAGGUGGACUACCGAUUGCAUCUAGCUUCCUCAUCGACGAGGACCAGGAUGGGGGAUACGCGAAACUUAUGCUCCGGUAUUCGAUCGCACAAGGGAUCGUUUCCAACCAACACCUCAUCAUCGUCGGAUCAUCCCUUGACGAAGGCGGCGACCCUGAGAAAAUUGUCGAUCGACUGAUGUCUUUGGAUGACUCUGACGAGCCUAUUGAACCGACAUCAUCCAGCAAUCAACACCAAUCAACCGCAAGCUGCUCAACUCCACAAUCGGAUCAAUCCAAACAAACCCCACCAAGCGAAUCGGAGAGCAUCUACCAGCAAUCAAGAUGUCACUCGUUCAACCUGAGUAAGACAAUGAAAAUCUCGCCGGACUUACGUUCAAAAAUCGAUUGCCUGGACGUCAAAAAUUUGGAAAAUUUACCCACCAGUUUACUCGCCCGAAUCAAACAAAUCAUCGAAAACAAGCAAAAAGUCUCAUCAUCGAACCCCUCGUUUCGGAUAGUGAUUCAAUCUAUUGGGUCUAUAGGCUGGCCACCGAUGGAAGAUCACAUGAUUUUCCGAUUCCUCAAAGAUCUCGAAACAGUACUCCGAGCCCCGGAUGCCCCGAUGAUCGCGAUCAUCAGUUUCCCGAGCGCGUAUCGUUCUUCUGACUUGGCUAAGAUUUUACCAUGGGCCACGUCCGGGUCUUUAUCUCUUCAAAGUUUUGCUGGGGAUGAAAAGAGUCAAGCCGCAUUUCCUAAUCAUCAGGGUGCUGUACACUUCAUCAGGUUACCAAGUCCAUCAUCGCUAUCGCCCCCAGCGACGAAACUAUCAGUGAUUCGAGCCCUAGGCGGGGCCUCGGAAGCGGGGAUCGGCAGUAAUCUAGGGUUCAAGUUAGGUCGCAGGAAAGGCUUUCGGAUCGAGAUGAUGGGACUGGGUCUGGACCUAGAGAAUGACAAUCCAACCGAAGAAGCUCCGGCCACACCCCGAAGAGAUGAGCCUUCCGAAGUCCCAACUGAUGAUAUCGAUCAGCUCAAAAUUGCAAAUCCUUCCCAAGUCAAGAGGAAGUCUGCAAAACCUAAACCGAAAGUCAGAUUCGGUGACCCCUCUCAUGAUUCUUCUCAUGACAUCCUGAAAAAUACGGAUUGGUAG